AUGAGUUCAAUCAGCCUUUGGAUGUGCUUGGUCCUGACGAUUUUCACCUGGCAUAAAACCAUCGGAUGCACUUGGAUGAAGACACCUCCUCGGUCUCCGAGCAUGUUCCAAGUGUUCAGCAACAACACCAUAACUAUACUUCAGAAAAUGGGUCAUAAAGUCUCUGGAGAACCUCACAUCACUUUCCCUGACAAGCAAUACAGAUUCGAUCAUUUAAAGGCUGACGAACAGAUUGCCUUCAUUUCGCAAACUCUGAAUACUGUAAAGAAAUUGUACAGCAGUGGUAAAUACGAGUCCACCUCCUCUAACCAGAAAACAUUUGACAAGUUUAUGAAUGAUCUCUAUCGCCAGACGUCGGAGCUGGACCAAUGCGUAAAGGCUAUGAAAACUAGACUAUCAAAAUCUGUUAAAAGAGUGAACAAAAAGAUGAGCCUUUACUUCAAAUUCCUUGUGAAUUAUUUGAAACUCGCGGAAUACAGUGCAAGCAGCUGGGAAGACAUAAGGUCAGUGGUGCUGGCACACUUACAAAGACUAGAUAUGACAUUAAGUAGCCAAUGA